AUGGCGGCGGUAGCCGCGAGCUCCGCGGACCCGCCGGAAAGCAAGACUGCGGUGGCGCCGGGCUCGACCGCUGACUGUCGUAAAACGCGCUCAGGCCGCUUGAUGGCAGCGAUGACGGGCUCAAGGGCGGCUUGGCCCCGCCACGCCGCGCCUCCGCCCCCGCUACGCCCCGGUGCAGGAGGGGCUCGAGCCCCGCCCCCUUCAGAGUCCACGUCCCUUUUGUCUACUUUGUUCGUCCUUGGAAAAGUCUCCGUGAAUAACCUGCUGCCGGCACGUUUAUCUGACGCCACUCAAGACUUGGAGGAAAGGCUCUUGUCUUGCGGUGGGGGGGUGCGGUGGGGAGUGCCCAGGCUCACCGCGGGGCUCCCCUCGGUGCGCCAGGCGCUCCAGGUCGGGCGUCUUCGCCACCAGAUUGUGCUCAGGGCCGGCUCUGAGUCACGGCUCGCCCCAUGCCUCCGAGUCUCCGCCGCCUUGGCCACCGCCGGUGCCGGGUCCCUCGCGGGCGGGGAAGGCGGAGUCUGGUGGGAAGGCGGUCGGCCGGGUCAGCACUUCCUAGGCCUCCGGGCCGCCCUCCCAUCCACCGCCGAGGCGGAGCCAGGGCCGCGCCCGCCCGCCGGGAAGGGUGAGGCCGGCGAACUGGCCUCGACGGGGCGCCAUGCUCUGCUCCUGCUCCUCCUCCUGGCCAGUGGGGCUGAGACCUUUCACAUCUGUGCCUUCAAUGCGCAGAGGCUGACACUUGCCAAGAUGGCCAGGGAACCUGUGCUUGAUACCUUAGUGAAGAUCCUGGCUCGCUGUGACAUCAUGGUGCUGCAGGAGGUGGUGGACUCUUCUGACAGUGCCAUCCCCCUCUUGCUUCGAGACCUCAAUCGAUUUGGUGACUCCGGGCCCUACGCCUCCCACAGCAGCCGCCUGCUGGGGCGCAGCACAUACAAGGAGAAGUACGUGUAUAUCUACCGGUCACAUGAGGCAGAGGUUCGGGACUCCUACGUGUACAAGGAUCAGGAUGACCUCUUUAUCCGGGAGCCCUUUGUGUGCUGGUUCUCUUUACACAGCAAGGUUCUUCCCAGCCUGGUGCUGGUCCCACUGCACACCACUCCGAAGGCCGUGGAGACAGAGCUGAAUGCCCUGUAUGACGUGUUUCUGGAUGCUUCCAGGCGCUGGCAGACCAAGGAUGUGAUCCUGCUUGGGGACUUCAAUGCUGACUGUGCGUCGCUGACCAAAAAGCGCCUGGAUGACCUAGUCCUUCGGACUCAGGCCGGCUUCCACUGGGCUAUCGCUGACGGCGUGGACACUACGGUGCGGGCUAGCACCCACUGCACCUAUGACCGCAUCGUGCUCCAUGGGGAGCACCUCAAGAGCCUGCUGCGUGGUGCGGCCUCCUUCGACUUUCCCCAGAGCUUUGGGCUCACUGAGCAGGAGGCCCUCAACAUCAGUGAUCACUACCCUGUGGAGGUGGACCUGGCGCUGAGCCGGGCAGCACAUGGGGUCCAGCCCCCUGGCCUGGCCACUCUGUGGCUGUCACUGCUGCUGCCCCUCCAGCUGGGCCUGGUGGCCUGA